AUGGCGAAACGAAUUGCUCAGAGCUCGAUAAAUUGGGCUGCCCUUGCCGAGAGGGUGCCUGCUGAACAGAAGGCUCACUUAACUGCUUUCAAAGUUAAGUCUGAUGGAUAUCUUCGCAGAGUCCUGGCUAACCCUCCAGAGCCACCUAAAAUCAACUGGAACCUCUAUAAACAAUCAGUUCCCAUUCCUGGCAUGGUGGACAACUUCCAAAAGCAAUAUGACGCCCUGAAGAUUCCCUACCCAGUGGACAAUGUGUCUGCACAAAUUGAUGCGCAAUGGGCUCAAGUCAAGAAAACUAUUGAGGUAUUCAUCCAGGAGUCCAACAAAAACAUUGUUUCGUAUGAGAAGCAAAUUGCUGAGAUCAAGGCACUACUUCCAUAUGACCAAAUGACAAUGGAAGACUACCGUGAUGCCUAUCCGGAUGAGGCUCUAGACCCCAUCAACAGGCCUACAUUCUGGCCCCAUGAUGCUGAAGAGCAGUUGGACUAUGUUGAUCCUGAGAAGAAGGCCCAAGCAGGCCAU